AUGGACGACGUCAAAAAGGGCAUUCUUCUGCAGAUGUUUGGUGGAACCAACAAGACCUUUGAGAAGGGGGCGAGCCCCAAGUACCGUGGGGACAUCAACGUCCUGCUCUGCGGUGACCCAUCAACCUCAAAGUCGCAAAUUCUGUCCAUUUUGGCCUCGGCCAACCCGAUCGGCAGUCGUUACAACCCGGACAUGUCAGUGCCGCAGAACAUCGACCUUCCCCCUACUUUGCUCUCUCGUUUCGACCUGGUUUACCUCAUCCUCGACCGGGUCGACGAAAAGGCCGACCAACGGUUGGCGCGCCAUCUGCUCUCCAUGUAUCUCGAGGACAAGCCCGAGUCAGCACAGAGCGACAAGGACGUCCUUGGUAAGCCGAACCCCCUCCUUUCUUCUCCCCCACAAACCCAGUACUAA